AUGGCGGAAUCGCGAGAUAACUUAUCGGUAAUCAGUCGCCUUGGAUUAGCUCUAAACCGAUGCAACUUUCCUUCUUUUUGCAUAAAGCCACUUCAGGUGAAGUGCUUCGAGUAUUUACUGAAUGGAAACGAUGUUAUUGCCGUUCUGCCUAGUGCUUUCGGCAAAUCGCUCCUGUUUCAGCUUUUACCAAAUUUCUUGACUGUAAAGGCAGACAAGAAUGUUGUCAUCGUUGUUUGUCCUCUGAACUCUAUUAUGGAGGACCAACUUAAAGUGUUAGAAGAGAGAGGAGUCACUGCCGAUGUUCUGCAGCUGGCCAGUGAUGAUCGGGAGGGUAUCGAGAGUCUGUUCAAUCCAGAAGACAACGACGAAAGCGUGGACGUGUCAAAGCUAAAAAGUCCCUCCAAGAAUCUCCUCAGGGGAGAUGUACAGAUAGUAUUUGCCCAUCCAGAGUCCCUUUUAAGCAAAGAAGGACGAGAGCUGAUGAAAGGCAAAGUCUUCCAAAGAAAUGUGGCUGCAUGUGUAGUCGAUGAAGCUCACUGUGUUGAAAUUUGGUGAGGCUUACCAACUUCAGUGAUAAUUUUUAAGUGAUAAUUCUCAUAACUUAUCUGACAGUAAUUCAGUAUUUAAAAUUGGACGUUUUUGUAAGUACAUGUAGUCACCUUUAAGCAAUUUUAAAAUACCUGGCAUGUUAUUAAAAUAUGUCUCAAAGCCUAACAAAAGGAUCCAUUCCCAUUCAGUGGUAUGGAAAUUAGUGACUGGGUAAUCUACAAUGUAGCUAAAAUCAAAAAUAUCACUUUACUUGCUGUACACUGGAACCUGGAUGUCCUUGUAAUACAUGUAAGCUUUCAUGCAAGUGUUUGAGAAUGCAAUAAUAACCUUUGCUAACCCUAUCUGACAACUAGCAUUUGUAAUAACAUAGCCUGCCUGGGUAUUUUUUUUGUAGUUCCAGGCUAUUGAGUGGACACCAGUUUUGUUGUCCCCUGACAAUAUAGAUGGCACUGCAACUUUUCUCACGUCAUCUAUAUUGUUUUGUUUAUUUUAGGGGUGAAGAAUUUAGAACAGAUUUUAAGGAGCUGUCUGCUUUAAAGGCCCUUUUCGCCACUGUACCAAUCAUGGCCCUUACUGCAACUGCACCACCACAUUUGCUCGCAAAUUUAAAACAGAGUUUGUCAUUGCAAAAAGGUUGUAAAGUUGUUGCUGCAAACCCAAACCGUUCAAACAUUUAUUAUGACAAGAAGAUGAGGAUGAGUAACCACCACGGGUAUGAAAGCUAUGACCGGAUUGUCAUCCCAAUUGCAAAAGAAUUGGCUCUGCAGAGGGAAAAGUAUCCCAUGACCAUCAUUUACUUGAAACUCGAGUACUGUGGUUAUGUGUAUGGCUUGUUUGAACAAAUCUUACAAGAUAAACAAUUUGUGGGCGGCACAAAAGAUCCAGCUGCGAGGUUGUUUGCUCAGUUCCAUGCCCCUCGAACAUAA